CUUUCAGGAAGAAGAUCGAAUGAUUCAUCACAGUGCUCACCACCACCACCUAUCUCUCUACCAAUUUCUCCUCUUUGCCGGCCGCCGGAUCAGACCCCUACAACAAGUUCACGCCCAAAUCAUCCUCUCCGGCAAAACCACCUCCCUCCCGCUUCUCACCAAACUCCUCACAUCCGCCUGUGCCGGCGACUCAAUCCUCUACGUCCGCCAACUCCUCUUCUCCAUCGCCAACCCUGAUUCCUUCCUCUUCAGUUCCCUUAUUAAAACCUCCACUCACCACAAUUUUCCUCUUCAUUCCGUCAUCUUUUAUCGACACAUGUUAGUCUGUAAUGCACCAUGGUCAAACCACGCUUUUACGGCUGUGAUAAAAGCAUGCGCUAAUUUAUCAGCUCUGGGACUUGGAAGGAUUGUUCAUUGUCACGUAUUGAUUUCUGGGUAUGGAUUGGAUUCCUUUGUUCAAGCUGCUUUGGUUAGUUUUUAUGCCAAGUGCAAUGAAUUGGGUGUCGCCAGAAAAGUGUUCGAUGAAAUGCCCCAUAGAACUUUGGUUGCCUGGAACUCCAUGAUAUCUGGGUACGAGCAAUACGGGCUUGCCAAAGAAGCUAUCGGCUUGUUUUCUAGGAUGCGGAAUUCCCUCGUCGAGUUUGAUUCAGUGACUCUGGUGAGUGUGUUAUCUGCUUGUUCUCAGCUCGGUGCUCUCAGUUUGGGUCGCUGGAUUCACAACUAUAUUGAUCGUAGUGAUUUCCAUGUAAAUACGACAAUUGCUACUUCAUUAAUCAACAUGUAUGGCAGGUGUGGAGAUGUAAUCAAAGCAAGAGAAGUUUUUGACUCCCUGACUCAACAGAAUGUUAUAACUUGGACCGCCAUGAUAUCUAGCUACGGCAUGCACGGUUAUGGUCGGGAGGCACUCGAAGUCUUUCAACUUAUGAAACUCCACGGCCCAUCUCCCAAUCGUGUAACAUUUAUUGCUGUUCUAUCGGCAUGUGCCCAUUCUGGACUAGUAUCCGAAGGCCGGCUAGCUUAUGCCAGCAUGACUCAAGAUUACGGCAUAGUGCCCAUAAUGGAGCAUCAUGUUUCCAUGGUCGAUAUGCUGGGCCGUGCCGGACUACUCAACGAAGCAUAUCAACACAUUCAAGAUAUGAAUCCUAUCAAGCCUGGAGCAGCUGUGUGGACAGCAAUGCUUGGAGCUUGCAAGAUGCACAAAAAUGUCGAUCUUGGUGUAGUAGCAGCCGAGAAUCUGUUAGCUGUAGAACCCCAGCAUCCUGGCCACUAUGUUCUACUCUCGAACAUAUAUGCAAUGGCGGGCCGAAUGGAUCGAGUGGAAAUGGUUAGAAAUGUGAUGAUUCAAAAGGGGUUAAAGAAACAGGUUGGAUAUGCCACCAUAGAAGUUGAUGAAAAGACGAUCUUGUUUAGUAUGGGCGACAAAUCUCACCCUGAAACAGCAACGAUUUACGGGUAUUUAGAUGAGUUGAUGGAGAGGUGCAGGGAGGUAGGUUAUAUACCGGUAUCGGAAUCUGUAAUGCACGAGUUAGAAGAGGAAGAGAGGGUGUAUGCUCUUAGAUACCAUAGCGAGAAGCUUGCGCUAGCAUUUGGGCUUUUGAAAACAGAGAAUGGAUCGAUUAUAAGGAUUGUGAAGAACCUUCGGGUGUGCGAAGAUUGCCACACGGCAAUCAAGUUCAUUUCGGUUGUGACCAAACGGAAGAUUGUGGUUCGCGAUAAGCUUCGGUUUCAUCAUUUUGAAGGUGGAUCUUGCUCAUGUUUGGACUACUGGUGAUGGGUUUUCUCAAAAAAGCACUCGCAUGGACUGUUUUACAGGUACAAAUUUGGUGAUUCUUGUAAACUAAAGGUCACGAUGAAAUCAUUCAAAAUUGAAAUAAUGAU